AUGGCGCGACGAAAUGAAUUGCUGGAGAACGUGGAAAGUUUGGAGAAGAGCUGCCGGAAGCUUACAAAAGAGAACAAGAAGCUUCAGAAAACUGUCGAAAAUCUGAGGCUGAAGAUUGAGAGACUGAAUGCCAGGAAAAAAGACACCUGGCAGACAGAGAAUGAAAGGCUGAGUGAUGAAGACUCCUCCAGGCCUUCAUCGCCGCAGCUUAUUCUGGCUGCUGCUGCAGCACCCAGACACCAGCGGCCCUCGGGGGCCCGGCGGUGGCAGUCCGACGCCCCUGAAAUCCACGGGGCGUCGGACCGGAGACCCUCGGCUCAAAGAGGUCAAGGAGACGCUGAAGGUCACCAUGGAGACGACCUCAGACGGAGCGCUGGACCGACUCCUCCUCAAGAAAAGAAGAAGUUCCAGAGUCUCUCUGAAGGCGUCGCUGAACCUGGAAAUCAAAUCGUUCUGAACCAGAUCUACACAGAGCUCCACAUCACAGAGGGGUUAACUAGAGAGGUCAACCAGGAACAUGAGGUCAGACACAUUGAAACAGCAUCCAGGAAAGAAGAAACAACAAUCAGAAGAGAAGACAUCUUUAAAGUCCCACCUGGAAGAGAUCAACCAAUCAGAACAGUGAUGACCAUGGGAGUGGCUGGCAUUGGGAAAACACUGUUAACACAGAAGUUCACUCUGGACUGGGCUGAAGGCAAAACCAACCAGAACAUUGAUUUCAUAUUUCCAUUCACUUUCAGAGAGCUGAAUAUGUUGAAAGAAGAAAAGUUCAGCUUAUUAGGACUGAUUCAUAAAUUAUUUUCUAAAACCAAAGAAAUCAGCAGCUUUGAAACGUUCCAGGUUCUGUUCAUCUUUGAUGGUCUGGAUGAAAGUCGAUUUACUCUGGAUUUCAAGAACAAUCCGAUCCUGACUGAUGUUACAGAGUCCAGCUCAGUGGAUGUUCUGGUGACAAACCUCAUCAGGAGGAAACUGCUUCCCUCUGCUCUCCUCUGGAUAACCACACGACCUGCAGCAGCCAAUCAGAUCCCUGCCGAGUGUGUCGGCAUGGCAACAGAGGUCAGAGGGUUCACUGACCCCCAGAAGGAGGAAUACUUCAGGAAGAGAUUCAGAGAUGAUGAAGAGAAGGCCAGCAGGAUCAUCUCCCACAUCCAGAAAUCAAAAAGUCUCCACAUCAUGUGUCACAUCCCAGUUUUCUGCUGGAUCACUGCUAAAGUUCUGGAGGAUGUGAUGAAGACCAGAGAGGGAGAAAAACUGCCAAAGACUCUGACUGAGAUGUACAUAGCAUUCCUGAAGGUUAACUUCGCAAUCAAGAAGGAAAAGUAUGAUGGAGGAAAAAAGACAAGAUCAAUCUGGAGUCCAGAGAACAAGAAGCUGAUUGAGUCUCUAGGAAAACUGGCUUUUGAGCAGCUGCUGGAGGGAAACCUGAUCUUCUAUGACAAAGAGCUCAAAAAGUGCGGCAUCAACAUCAAAGAUGCUGCGUUGUUCUCAGGAGUGUUCACUGAAAUGUUUAAAAGAGAGAGAGGGACGUGCGACAUCUCCGUCUACUCCUUUGUUCAUCUGAGCAUCCAGGAGUUUCUGGCUGCAGUCUACAUGCUCCACUGUUUCACCAGCAGGAAGUCAAAGGUGAUCAAGACGUUUCUGGGAGAAAAAUACAGAGAAACAUCUCUAGAUGAGUUCAUGAAGGAAGUCAUGGAGAAAUCCCUCAGCAGUAAAAAUGGCCACCUGGACCUGUUUGUCCGCUUCCUUCAUGGUCUCACUGUGGAGUCCAACCAGAGAGUCUUAGAAGAUCUGCUGGGUCAGACAGAGAACAGUCCAGAAACCAUCCAGAGAAUCAUCACCAACCUGAAGGAGAUGAACACUGAAUAUAUCUCUCCUGACAGAAGCAUCAACAUCUUCUACUGUCUGGUGGAGAUGAACGACGACUCAUUUUAUCAGGAGAUCCAACGGCUGCUGGAUUCAGGGAACCAGCUCUCAGUGACUGACUAUUCAGCUCUGGCCUCCAUGCUGCAGGUGUCAGAGGUUCUGGAUGAGUUGGACCUGGAGAAGUACAACACAUCAUAUUAUGGACGAUGGAGACUGCUUCCAGCUGUGAGGAACUGCAGAAAGGCUCGACUUGGUGGCUGGUGGUUCCAAAAGGAUGAAUGUGAAGUUUUGGCCUCGGCUCUGAAGUCCAACCCAGAUCUGACUGAACUGGAAAUAAAUCAGAUCUUCAUAGAUAGAGGUGGAGACUCUGAUCUGAAGCCUGUGGUUGAGAUCCUGGAGAGUUCAGUCAGUAAAGUGAAGAAUCUGAGAUUGUUGGGCUGCAGGUUGUCAAAGACCAGCUGGACUUCUCUGUUCUCAGCUCUGAAGUCCAACCCGACCCAUCUGACAAAACUGGAGCUGAUCGGAACCAACCUGGGAGAUUCUGGAGUGAAGGAGCUCUGUGGUUUUCUACAGACUGAAGGCUGCAGACUGGAGACAUUGCUAUUGUGGGACUGCAGUUUGUCAAAGAUCAGCUGUGAUUAUUUGGCCUCAACUCUGAAGUCCAACCCGACCCGUCUGACAAAACUGGACCUGAGAUUCAACAACCUGAAGGAUUCAGAUGUUCAGCAGCUGAAGAAUCUUGUAAAGACUUUAAAGUAA